UGGCAAGCCAUCCCUUCCAUCAUCCUCGACAGACACGCGCCUGCCUCCUGCCGCCCGCCGUGAAAAGGAGGGACCUUGCUUACGCGCAGAAACAACAGCCACGGCCUACAUCAAAUAAAGCUCCAAACGCAGACAUCCGCCCGGUUCUUCUCUAUCAUCUAUAUCUCUUUCUUUGAGUACCCUGUCAGAGACAGUUUGACUUAUUGUCCACCUGGUGUGCGACGCGUUUUCAUAAACACAGCAGGUUGUAAAACAACACCGCAUUUUUGCUUUCGACUUGCCUGGGGCUGUACCGAUUGAGAUUGCCCAAGCACACUACCUCAUCCUCUAUUUCCCACCAAGGAAUCUUCAAAGAGCUUCCCAAAACCAUACAACUUGGUCGUGCUCCAGUCUUUUACCAUUUUUCAGCUUCCGCCAGUGUAGAGCCUUUGAUCCUCGAGCUUCAACUCCGACUCCUCUACGUCAAGAGUGACGAACCUCAGUUUAUCAACACGUUAAGGCUGCUCUUUUGACAAGAUGCAGUCUUCUUCAUCGCGUACUCUACAUGGGGCGUACCUUCUCCUUGGGCUACUCAUGUGGACGCACAUAUUCCCUUGCUUCGUGAAUGGACAAUCAGCUGCCGCUACUUCAACAGCGAGAACAUCUGCAGCGGCCGCUACGACUUCUACUGGGGCAGCAACGUCUACACCCGCGGUAGCAACUACUUCUGCUGCUCAAUCUGCUACUUCAACGCCUACUGCUGUUACGACCUCGGCUGCUUCCUCUGCAGCUGCAACUGGUAAACCCUAUUUAACAAUACGUAACGUGGAGACUAUGACUGCAUGUGGUCUUGGACAAAUCUACUGGAAUGUAUACAACGAGGAUGCCUCCAAAGUGAACAUCACAAUAUAUGCUGUAAAUGCAGGAGUAGACCAAGAUAUCCCUUCUGCCAGCACUUCUGCUGUUACCUCACAAACAACAUCCAGUGCUGUCACUUCUGGUGCUGCAGCUACAUCUUCUGCUGCCCGUUCUACUACUGCCGCCGCCGCUUCUACCGCAGUCGCCAACGCAACAUUGUCUCGCCGUACCAAUCUUAACAUCAACAGGACCAUCAUCACUCAGUUGGCCAAUCAUGGUUAUGAAUGGGAACCUGUUGCUCUUCCCGAGGGUCGAUACUAUAUCUACGGCUAUGUAGACGACGGCUACGGCACUUCAAACAAGAGCAACAUUUUCAGUGUCAUUGAGGGGUCAAACACAAGCUGUUUAGCGGCCUAUGAGAGCAUGAGUAAAACUGCAACAGCUACGGGUCAAGCUAGCCAAAGUGCGACCUUGGGAGCUGGUACGAGCGACAGCGACACCUCUGAGAGCUCGAGUGGUAUUGGCGGCGGCGCAAUUGCAGGUAUCGUCGUUGGCGUCCUGGCCGGUCUUGGAGCACUCGCGGCUUUGGCCUUCUUCUGUCUUCGUAAACGCAGACGAGAUCGAAAGUUUGGAAACAGAUGGGAUGGGGAUGGUCAUCAAAUGGGUAUGACUCACCAUCGAGUGAUUUCAGGUUCAACAGCACCAUCAGAUCCUGGCCAUUCACCAGGUUACAAUUCCAUCGGCAUGGGCAAUAAAGGAAUGGAUAAAGGAGAAACUGAGGGUAACACUGUGGUGGUGGGCGCUUUGAGGAAGGAUGGCAGCUAUAAAUCGAGUAGGACCCAAGCUAGUGCCGAAGGUAUAGGUCAAACAGUUGAAGGCCUGCCUGUCACUCCUGCUGGGGCCGAUCAGUUUACUACGGAUGUCGAGAAAGACGACCAAGAAGUCCUUCAGGACGGAAGUUCCCAAGGCCACGACCCAUUCAAAACACCUACGAUUCCUGUACUUUCCUUUCAGCCUACUCAGCAUUCUCAACCUGUCUUCUCACCGAUUGAAACCGAUUCUAACCGCCAUUUAUCAUCAGAUCCUAUACCUCCCCCGCCCAUAGCCGCUACCAACUCUACCAAUCAACCGCGCACACCCCACUCCGAGAGCCGAUCUAGUCAGCCGCGUCCUGCCUCUCAAGUUCAAACCAAUCGCAAAACGUCACAGAGUUCAAUGGGGCCAGGAGACUCACCGAAUCCCAAUGCUGGUGGUUCAGGCUUGGGGAGAAGUAACUCGAGUAGGCGAAAGCCUGUACCAAGCCUUGGGCCGGAGUUGAGGGGAGAGCUGGCGAGACAGACGAGUUUGAAAACAAAGGAAGAAGGUGCAAAGGCGAUGCCCCAGGUGGGACUGGGAUUAAAGCGAGGGCAAGAGGCAGUAAGAAAUGAGGAGGGUCAGAAGAGUUAUGUCCUUAUGCCUGAUCCUCCCAUGGUCCAGGAUUAAGAUUAGGGGUUUAUUCAGAUUUAUUUCCUUACGAAUCUUGUGUCUUGGGUUUUGUAUAAGUCACGAUGUAUUUAUAGUGAGCUGUGGGAUA